AUGGUUAAAGGCAGGUAUGACUUAGCUCAGUCCCAAGGCUUUCGUGCUCAUCGUCUCCAGCCCCGUCAACCCUACCGUCCCAUCUCCGCCGAGGUCCUCAAGGCUGCUGGUGUAUUCGACCCCAAGCGUUUCUUCGGUGUUACCACUUUGGAUGUUGUUCGUGCCGAGACCUUCUCCAGGAGUACAGUGGCCAGAAGGACCCCUUACAGACCACUAUCCCUGUUGUUGCCAAGCCAAGCCAGGCCUGCUUUCGAGCUCCCUGCCGACAAAUACGAUGCUCUCGUGAACAGAGUCCAAUUUAGUGGUGGUGAGGUUGUCAAGGCUAAGGACGGUGCUGCCUCAGCUACCUUUUCUAUGGCCUAUGCUCGCUUCAGAUUCGCCGAGAGCGUGAUCAAGGCACUGAACCAGCGAUAUGGGGUUAGCCCAUAA